CAGUGGCAGGCAACCAGCUCGGGCGUGUCCUUCCUCCUCCGUCUCCAUCUUGGCCCAACCGAGCCCAAACCUCUCCCCUUUUCUCCGUCCUCUCCUAGUCCACACGGCAGACGCCGCCGCCGGGGGAGAGGAGGGGAGGGGAUCGGCUCCAAGGGAACAGGCGAGAUGGCAAUCCUGUACGCGCUGGUGGCGCGCGGCACGGUGGUGCUGGCGGAGCACAGCGCGGCAGCCACCAACGCGGGCGCCAUCGCGCGCCAGGUCCUCGAGCGCCUCCCCGACGGCGGCGCCGACAGCCACGUCUCCUACACGCAGGACCGCUACGUCUUCCACGCCAAGCGCACCGACGGCAUCACCGCGCUCUGCAUGGCCGACGACGCCGCCGGAAGACGGAUUCCCUUCGCAUUUUUGGAGGAUAUUCAUGGAAGGUUUGUCAAGACAUAUGGCCGGGCUGCGCUAACCGCUCUUGCAUAUGCAAUGAAUGAUGAAUUCUCAAGGGUCUUGAGCCAGCAAAUGGAUUACUAUUCAAAUGACCCUAGUGCAGAUAGAAUAAACCGCAUGAGAGGUGAAAUCAAUCAGGUCCGUAGUGUUAUGAUUGAUAACAUUGAUAAGGUUCUUGAAAGAGGUGAUCGUUUGGAACUGCUGGUUGACAAGACUGCAAAUAUGCAAGGAAAUACAGUUCGAUUCAAGAGACAAGCUCGGCGGUUCAGAAACACUGUUUGGUGGAGAAAUGUCAAACUCACGGCCGCAUUGAUACUUCUCCUCCUGGUAAUAAUAUAUGUCGUUCUAGUCUUCGUGUGCCAUGGUUUCACCCUACCAACUUGCAUAAGGUAAGGCAUGAUGUGCACAUAGUGCUUUUUGCUGUGCAUGUUUGUGCCUAUCACCGGGGUCCGGGGGGCAGCAGCCAUUGCAAUUGUUUCUUGUGUAGAGGAAAGCUACAUAUUAUGAUGUGAUUGUGAGAACUCAAUUAAAGAUAUGAACUUAACAUAAAAAGUGCUUCUUGUGGGUUUGGCUAUGACCUUGUAGGUCUAUGAGAAUUCGGUGUUUGGAUUGGUGUUUAUUUGUGGCUAUUCUUGUGUCUGUACAUGAAUUCAGUUACGACGAGUAUUUUAUGGCUAUGCUAAUGUAAUAUUCUUGAAA